AAUUUGCUGAUUCAGUAGCGACAUCUCCAAAGCAAGCUGGAGAUGGGGGUUACCUGUGUGUGGAGGACACAGCUCUCCUGCCCCACUGGGCAGCACUGGCCGUGGGUCUCCAGUAGCCAAGGCUGAGAGUCUUGGCUGUUUCCCACCUCCGGAGCAGCCGGUGGGUUGAAAUACCAGGGAAGGUGCCAGGGGCUGCUCCUGCUCUUUGGAGUUGGAGCAGAAAGUUAACGAACGUGAAGGCAAUUUUCAUCUAAUUAAGAAAAUUAGGUUCUUGACCCAGUGCGUCCCUUCCAUCAGUGCCUCCCACCAACACAGGGGUCUUUCCUCCCGUGGUCCCAAGUGGUGAGGGCUUGGUUGAUGGCACCAAGGUGGGGGUGGUUCUGGGGGGUGACCGAGGGGUUUGCUCAGCUGCACAUCGUGGUGAGGAGCAGCGGCUGCGGAGGGGAGCAGCGGGUUGCUAUGAUACAGUUUGCUGUGGCAAUGUCUGUGCUGAAUGGAGCCAAAACCACCUCUACAAAAGGAGCAUUCCUGGGCUGGGAGGGGGCAGAUUUAUCUGCAGUGUUUAUGUAAAAUUGAGGAGCUGCAGGGAGAGGAUGUGUGUGGGACCGCUCUCCUCCAGCGUGCGCCAGGGGCCCUUGUCUGCAGGCAGAUGCCCCCGUGGGCAGGGGGGAGAGGGCAUGGCUCGGGUAAAGCACCCAGCAAAUCCAAGCCUGCAGAUCCUGCUGGAUCUCACAUCCCGACCAGUAAACCCACAGCAGGCAGGGGGCUGAAAAUGGCCCAAAGGGGGGCUCUGUGUUGCUGGGCUUGGUGCUGCUUCGAAAGCAGUGGGAGCUGGGUCCCAGUUGUGCUACGGGGGAGCACGGGGGGAGCAUCCAGCGCUGCCAGCCCUGAGCUGAAGUGGGGUCAGAAAUCUCCUGGGAUGUAGAGUCACCCUUGGUCACUGUGCCCACCUUGUGCACCAGCCCCCAUCCCCAGAGCUGGCCGAGGCACCGCGGGGACUGGCUCCUUUCCAUGCAGGGAACAUGACUUUCCCUCUGGGAAGGGGGCCGGGCUCUGCAGAGAUCAGGGGCUGAUUUUUCUGUGCUGGAUCCCAACUGCUGCUCGUCCCCGUGACUUUACAGGGACAGAGCCCAGCGGGUUGGGGCAGGGGGUGUGGGUGCCUUUCCCCCUGGGGCUGGCAGCGGAGUGCCUGCCUGUAAGAGCCACAGAUGUCUGUAGAUGAUUUUGCUGCGAAUCCAAAUGCCUGUCGAAUCCCUGGCGCCUGCCCUGUGCCCCAUGAGAGCAGGGGGGGCUGUGGGGGCACGGCCAGGGCUGAGGGUGCCCUGUGCUCUGUGUUGUGGGGUCCCUGUGGGGGCUGCCCUUGGGACCUGCUGUGAGCUGGUGGCAAGGAGAGGGCACGUGGCCAGUCUCUGGAGCUGGGCAGGGAUGUUUGGGAUGGCAGCUCAUCUCCUCAGCCUGCCCGGGGGGGUUCUGGGCAGCCCCAGCCAGGUCUUCUCUCCUGGAUGAGUCCCACAGAGGGGUCCAAGGUGUUUGCAAAGCACCCGCUGUGCAGAGCUGUGCCCCCUCUGUGCUGAGCAUCAGCUGGGAGCCCCCCUGCAGACAAGAGCCAGAGUUGGAGCCCCUGUGGAGAAUCAGCCUAUUCUCCUCUCACGCUUACCCCAGACAGAUUCCCAUCCUCCUGGAAACAUAAGCCACUGUCAUCCAUAAUUCAUGGGGGGGAUGAACUCCAUCAAGGAGCCACCUGACACCCAGCUGGGUCCCCCUCCCUCCUGCCGGGGUGGGAACAUGUCGGGGCCGGGGGUCCCGAGGGCCGGGGCCAGGAUGUGUGUCCGGUUCCCUCGGCCUCGGGGUGGGCGAUCCUUCCUUCACCCUUCCGAGGAGGCGGAUUCAACAAGGGCUCUGGUGUCUCUGCUUCCCCUUUUCAUAAAUAAACAUCUGCUUCUCAUCCCUCCAGGAAGUUUAAGCCAUUGUAAAGCCAAAUAUAAAACCGAAACAGGGUUUUUAAGUAGCAGCGAGCUGAUUGCUCCAUUACUGUUUACUGAGGCAUCUACAAUUGCACACAAAAUGCACUUCAAAAAAAAAACCAUUAUGGGACAAUGAGUUUAAUGCCUGAAAUUUGCAUCGAAGGUGCAUGAGUGUGUGUGUGUUUGUGCGCGUGUGUGCGGCAGGAGCUGUGCAGGAUCCAGGCUGGGCUCAUUGCCUGCUCGCUGAGAAAUCCUGCAGAAUAUGGAAUAUCAUCCCCUCCGAUUUACAGCUUGCUCACCAAAUCCUGUCACAUCUUCUACACACCGAAAAAGAAUCUGUCUGACUUCUUCCAGCCGCAAACCUAGAGCAAAAGGCAAUUCUUUUUUCACCUGCCUUAACAUUCUCACAAUCCACAGGAGCAAGCUCGCCUGUGUAAAGAUAGCAAAAGAGGAUAAAAAAUAGCAGCAGCAUUCCCUGCCUUCUCUCAGCCACACCUUUCACCGUCAGCGCCGGCGUGACGAGCCGUGGGAUACAGGCACGAGUGGCAGAGAGGGAUGUGCUGCUCCACAGCAUCGCAGCCCCGGCAGCACAGCUCCAGCUCCUACGUGCCAACAUGUACUAGGGAGAGGGAUGCAAAACUCACACUUAUUUCCACUCUGCAAAGGGAUAAACGUAAGAGCACAAGGUCAAAACUUGGGACUCUUCGUGCCUAAACAAAGGGACCAAAUCCUCAGGAAAUCAAACUCUGCUGAACCUGGUGGUGUCUGGUCACUGGUCGAAAGCUUGGGGCAACAUCCUUUAUUUCCGACAGAGCGUUGCGUUGUGUGGCAAACCUCUCCAGGCUCGGCGUAUUACGAUAACGUCCGUCCCUUGGCCUACCCAGACUCGGAUGCUGUGCUCAUCUGCUUUGACAUCAGCCGCCCGGAGACCCUGGACAGUGUGCUCAAGAAGUGGCAAGGGGAAACACAGGAGUUCUGCCCCAACGCGAAGAUCGUGCUGGUUGGCUGCAAGCUGGACAUGAGGACAGACCUGAACACGCUGCGGGAGCUUUCCAAGCAGCGCCUCAUCCCCGUGACACACGAGCAGGGCAGCGCGCUGGCGCGGCAGAUCGGGGCAGUGGCCUAUGCAGAGUGCUCCUCCAAGGUCUCGGAGAACAGCGUGAGGGAUGUGUUCCACGUCACCACCCUGGCCUCCGUCAACAGGGUGCACAAGAACUUGAAGCGCAGCAACUCCAAACGGGGACUGAAACGGGCGUCACAGAUGCCUGGCAGGACGGACUUACUGAGCGACACAGAGAUCAGGAAAGACCGAGCCAAGAGCUGCUCCAUCAUGUGAAAAAACCAGGCUGUAAAUAACGUGUGUGUGUUGUCCAUUUUGUACAGUAACUGGCUGAGACAAGGGCACGGUGCUGGCUGUGGGAGCCAGCCCCCCCCUUUUCCAAAGCCUUUCUCUCGGUCUCUAGGGCUGAGCAAAGGUCCCAGCUGCAAACUGGGGGGUGCGUGAGUCACCCCCAACCGUGGAGACUUCUGGGCUGGCUGCUGCUGUGUGGAUGGCUUGGGGUGAAGGAACCACUUGGCAGAGGAGGAUUCAGGUGCUGGAAGGUCCGUGGCUGAGUGAAAAAUAAAAAUGCAAAAGGGAACAAUCCUGCGUGUGCCACCCUCCGGUACCGGUACCACGGCACGCACAGCGUGGGGACACGGGCUGUGUGGGACCUGGGCUGGGGGAAGGGGAGGUGUUGUUGCAGCAGAGUGGGAUUAGGAGAAGGUAUUCUUCCAAUCUUCCUUUGGAAGAGAAAUGAUGAUUGAAGCGGUGCUGCCUUCAGCUGGGUGGGACAGUAAGUCACCAUGGAACGUGAAGGUCUGGGCCAGAGCUGGGAGGGAAGGCACCUGGGAAGGAACCUUAACCUGUCAAGACACCAUGGUAGUCCACCUGCUGUAAAGAAAAUAGAUAGGUGGCUCUUACAUGGUAUUUUAGAUACUUGAACUCCACUUGAAAUGCGGCAGAGUGGGUCUGGCUCUGAGGGAGGGGUCUAUCCCAGUAGAUGCAUCUUGAGAGUUGUGGUUCCCUUCAGCAAGCUCGUGUCCCACUGCCAGCAGCCUGGUCACUCCUCAGGCUGCUCCCUGCCACGGGCAGCCCUGCGUCCCCAACAGCAGACUGCAAUAACUACCCGUAUCCUGCUCUCCACCCAUUCCCAACUGCAGAUUGUGUUGCAUGGUGCUGUGUUUGUCUGGUACAGAAAAACCAAAAAAAGAUGAUGUGCGCAUCUGCACCCCGUCCUGGCUGCAGCAGCGAGAGGGAAGGUGCCCCCUUGGCCUCUAAUCCUGCUGCACAGCCUCCUCCAACACCUCCCAUUGCUUCUGCUGCUGCCCUCUCGAAAUGCCUUUGACUACAGUGUUCGCCUUGACUUAAUGUCACAUAGACACUUUAAGGAAACAAGAAUCUGCUCCAUUGCCAGAUCCAGCUGUGUCAGUGGGCUACAGAAACAAAUAAACAUCGUUGGAAAAUGCAUA